AAAUUAAAAACUCAUAAAAGCCCUUCUCUCAUCUACUAAACGACAACCAUUUUAUCUAUUUAAAAACCAUCCAAGGAAGACUCUGUGGGUGAUGUUGAACGUUGAGUCUUGGAGAUGACUGUUAAAAAUGUUGAACGGCCGACCCAGAGAGAGACAAGGAGGGAAAUGGGAAGGCAAAGACAGAGUUUUGCUUCAUUUGAAAGCUUUCCUUUAUUGUCACGUAUCUGUUAUACUACCAUUAUUUUCCAGUCAAUAUUAUCAUUUAUAGUACAUCUCCAUUUCUUCUUUCUUGGUUUGGCUUUCCACUUUCUCUCUCUCUUUACUGCUCUUUACUAGCAAGAAUUUAAAGCAGAGAAAGUGCCCACUUAAUUUAACAGAACAUAAACAGAUAUGAUCAUCUUCAGUAGGUGAAAAGACCAGUUUACUGUUAAAAGGGUUCAGUCUUUUUGGUUCUUCAAAUUCAAGAAGUGGCUCAGAUUCGAUGCCGUCACGUUACUGAGAUUGCAAUUGGUGCAUGUUUCGGACUGAUAAGCCAUGGAAAAGGGAUCGCCUAAGAGCAAUAUGCUGAAGACCCCCGUGUCUAAGAGCUCUAUGCUGAAGAGUCCUAUUCCAAAGAGCCCCAUGCCGAAGAGCCCUAUGCCGAAGAGUCCCAUUCCAAAGAGUCCAGUUGCCUAUGAAGAAUACAAGUCUAGAUGUGUACAUGGUUUAAUCAGUUUCUUCCAUUUUCGACAUCGUCACUCAAAGAAGCUGAUUUCUGAUACUGACAGGAGAAGCUUAAACAGAGAUGCUCUUGGCGAUGGACACAUAGGGAAUAAGCUUGAUUUGCAUUCAGAUGAAUACAAUCAUGAUGUAUUGGACAAGAAAUCUAUGAUUCUUGAUUCUGGUUAUGCAAGAGUGGAGAAAAUCAAGGGAGCAAAUCUGUCCGUUGAGCAGCAGAUAAAAAAGAAGAUUGUGGCUGCUAAAGUGGAAAAUGCAAAAUCUGAUUCUCAACUUCUUGAUGACUUAUUAAGGAACCAUAGAAAAGCAAUCAAGACUUCACGUAGAUCUCGUCGUUUACCUAUUUAUGGUUGUUAUGAUGUAUCAACUGUGGAGCAUAGAAAACCUACUCAUCAAAAUUUGGCUGACGGUGAAAGAUCUUCAAAGUCCUCAGACUCUGAAGUGUCUGCAGUAGUGCUAUUGCAUCCUAAAAAUGAAAGCGUCUGCAAUUGUAUAAUUACAAAUAGCACGCAGCAUAAGCAAGUUAACGAGAUCAAUCUUCAAGUUAACAUGAAAGAAUCGACUGAAGCAUUUAUAAACCAGAAGUUGAUUGAUGGAAAACAACUUAGCGGUGAUGGGACAAGUUACCAGUCUAAACACUUCUUGGAUGCAUUAGAGAUUCUGAAUUCCAACAAGGACUUGUUCAUAAAACUCCUGCAAGACCCCAAUUCUCUGUUGGUGAAACACAUUGAAGACUUGAGAGACUCUCAGGAAAAAAAGCAGCUGGAUAAAUCCUUCACUAAAGCCGAAUUAUCAGAACAUCAGGCAAGGAAUACAAGAGAAGGUAACCUACACAAGGAAACUGGUGAUUUUCAGCCCUUGGAGAAAAUAGUUGUUUUCAGGCCUAGACCAGAAAGCUUGCAAAACUGUGCAGAUCAUGGAAUCAGUCAUGACACUCCACAUAUUCAUUAUGGCUUAAGGAAUGUACAGCAGAGUGUUAGACCUGCAUUCUUUGCCAAACAAAUGAGAAGAAAGUUGAUGCAUGCUAUGGGGCUAGUCAGAAAAGAACAGCAGUUAAUGCCAACUGAUGGUCCUUCGCAUCAGAAGUCUAUCAAUGACUUAGAGGGCUUUCGACAAUGCGGCAAAGGAAAAGCUGUAGACAUUGUCAAUAGAAACUCACCUGACAAAGCCUCGUCUAAAUUUGGAGGAAUGUCCAAAUCUUCGAUAAAUGUCAAGAGAAAACACCAGAUGGACAAGGUGAAUGAAUUUGUUCCUGUUGUUAGAGAUGAAGCUGCUUCAACCAGUGAAAGUGGCCAUGAAAACUCACAUUUGUCAACCGUCAAGCAUCCUAAGAGAAACAAACAUAAUGUAUAUGUCGAACCUAGGGUACACAUCUCUGAAUUAAAAAUCGGAAAUCCUAAAUUUUUGAGGAAGCAGAAAAUAAAAACCUGGGAUGGGAUAAGCUCUGGUCCAUUGAAGCAGAAUGUAGAGGCUUUGCCAUGGGCUAUUAAGCAGAAACAACCACAAAUGUAUGAGACAAGGCCAAACAUUUCAUACAGCCCUUUUCCAGAUGACCAGGAGUGCAGAAAUAUUGAUUCUCUUAAUAAUGAUUUGAGCAUUAUAGAAACAAAUUAUGGAGAUUCAGAAGAAAUUGUUCCUCCUGGAGUGCCCUCCAAACCUGAUAGUUCAUAUAAUGAUGGUGUUAGUCCAAGCACUGAGACAGUGGACACCUGUGAGAAAAGUGGAUCGCUGGGCCUUUCCAGAGAGGAUUCACUUGUGGAGAAUCAGACAUCAACAUAUUCAAUCGAUGAUAAUUCAACAAGCCCUUUAAAGAGUCAGAUAUUUAGAGAAUCUGACACAAUUAAAGACAAAGAAGAGCAGCCAAGUCCAGUAUCAGUACUUGAUCAGUUUUUGACAGAAGAAAUCAUCAGUCCUGCGAACACUGAACCCCAUUCUGCUCUACAAUCAAUACGACUGCUGCAAAUUGGUAUGGAAGAAGGCUGCUUGGCUGAUCAUCAGUUCCCUUCGGAUUUGAAGAUGAGUACUUUUAUGGAAGGGCAUAGAUCCAUGUUCGAGCACAUUAGUACAGUUUUACAAUCUUGUCACUUCAGUUGGGAUGAACUUGCAUUCAAGUGCCAUUUAUCAGAACAACUCCAUAACCAGUCCUUACUUGAUAACAGAUAUUUGCGGCCUAACCAUUUCUGUGGUCAUGACUGGCUACUCUUUGACUUUCUUAAUGAAGUCCUUGUAGAUGUAAACCGGUGGUACUUAAGAUGCUCCCCUUGGUUGUCAUUUAUGAAACCGAAAAUUCUACCAGCUACAAUGACAGGAAGUGUAGCUCAGGAAGUGAUAAAAAAUGUUGAUUGGAACCUCUUCUUGGCACCCUCACAAACACUAGAGCAACUUCUUGUAAAGGACUUGACUAAAUCAAGAACAUGGAUGGAUAUCCGAACAGAUGCCGAAGAUGCAGUUAGUGAGAUGGUCGAUAGUCUUUUGGAAGAAUUGAUAAUAGAAUUUGCUCUUGAGUAGUUACUUUUACUUCCCACGAUUGAUAUUUCUUUAUACAUCUUUUCACCAACGAGAUAUUGCUUUGGUCCAAAUUAGACCAAAAAAUUAUGGACAGGAAGCCCAGCAUGAUAAAUACGAUUAUAUGUUUGCUGAGUGUA